GGAGGACACAGCCCCUUAGGGCCAGCCCAGCACCAGGUUCCCCUGCCCCAGCCACGCAGGGCCACGCUGUCUGGGUGCGGGUGCACAAAGCCCCUGUCUGCCCAGGCAGUGCUCUGCUUGCACAGGCGGAACCAGCACAGACAAGCGUGUGGUGUGUCCCACAAGCGCUGAGUGUCCCCUAGGACACGCUCUCCAUCCCCGGUGCCCUUGCCCUGAGCCCCAGUGGGACCCAGGGGCUGUACUGUGCGGAGAGCCCUGCAGGCUUGGUCGGUCUCUCACUGCCAUCUUUGUUUCAGCUGCUGGCCUCCAGCCAUGUGACACCAAACAUGUUUGCUGGGGUGUACAAAAUCCGGAAGCUGCUGCUGCCUCCAAGGCUGUUCUCCAUGCUGCUCCAUGGCCUCGUCACACUGUCAGAGUCACCUGACUCGGCAAGGAAAAUACUGGUCAUGCUGCCAGACUUGACGAACAUCCUGCACAGUGUCCACAGUGACGACAAGAUGAGGGCCCUGCUCAUAUUCAGAAACGUGAUGGGUCAUUUGAAGAAGCAGGCCAGCUCCAUCGCUCUGGAGCUGGCCGGGCAGCUCCGUCAUCUCUUUGAUGAUGAGUGCAGCCAGAUACGAGAGCUCUCCAUCUGCCUCUUCAAAGACAUAAUACAGAUGGCGGAUUGGAAGGACAAGCGGCAGAUGCAGAGGCAGGUGCGGAGGAGCCUGGUCCCACUCGUGUUGCACAUGAGUGAUGAGAUGGAGAGCGUGGCCAAGGCCCCUCAGGAAGCCCUCUGGGCAGCUGCGAAGGUGCUCAAAUGCAAAGGGCUAAGUCCCCAUGUGGAGACACUGGAGAGAUGGAGAACUGUGGAGCUCUUGCUGGAGCAGGAGCAGAGCAGAGCUGAAGAAUACGUGGGUCAGAGCCUGCUUUACCUGCAGCACGCUCAGGUCAGCGUGAGACUGGCAGCCGUGAGGUUCAUCGGGCUGGCCGCGCGGUGCCUGAAGGACAACAGCAGGGACAUGCUUCUGAAGGUCUGGGAAGUGUCCGGCAGGACGGUGACGGGACAGAGCGGGAGCGCAAGACUGGUGCAGACCCCUGAGCGCAGCCCACAUUGCUCCCUGUUGCCCCAGCAGCCCCGCGGUGCCGAGACACUUCUUGGAACAUUCUUCAUUCCCCACCCUAUACCUUUGUCUGAAGAGGAUGAUGGAGGAACACGCUGCGUGCAUGCAGUUCAUCCAGACUUUUCUGGAGAGCUCAGUGAAGGUAACUGCAGCCAUUUCCAGGGUAGCAGUGUCUGCGAUUCCUGA